AUGCGCGAGUUGCCAGAUCGAAGCAUCAAGAUCUCGGUCGACCGAGGAGGAACUUUCACCGACGUACACGCCUCAUGGCCCCAGGUCUCCACGUCGUCCCCGUCCUCGUCGGCGUCAUCCUCCGGCGAACGAACGCAAGUGAUCCUCAAGCUGCUCUCCUCGGACCCGACCCACUACUCGGACGCACCCCGCGAGGGCGUACGGCGCAUGCUCCAACUCGCCACGGGCCACACCUACUCGAGGGAAGAGCUGCUGCCCGUGGACAAGAUCGACUCGAUCCGACUGAGUACGACGGUCGCGACGAACGCUUUGCUCGAACGACAGGGGGCCAAACAUGCCCUCGUCGUCACCAAGGGCUUUGGCAGUCUGUUGGAGAUUGGCAAUCAGAGUCGUGCGUGCUUCGGAUCUUACACAUCCCUCCAACCGAAGAACGCACUGACUCGCACCUGAUCGCACCCCAACCUCCCACCCCCACUUGUUCCCAACCCGAACGCCGUACUACUAGGACCGAGAAUAUUCGUCAGUGCUGCCACAUCUUGGCUCCUACAUCGUUCUGACACCGCACAAGCUGUGCCAUCCGUCUCGAAAACAGGAUCUCGACAUCAAACGACCUUCCGUCCUCUACUCUUCCGUUAUCGAGGUGAGCAUGAUGCCGCCCCAACUCGUCGGACUUAGCUGAGCCUCGUACGAACCUCACCCGCAGGUCGACGAACGAGUUACCUUGGUCGGAUACACCUCGGACCCCAAACGAGCCGAGCGAGCCGUACGCUUUGACGAGCAAGGUCAAGUCGAAAAGGGCUACGACGACGAGCACCAUCCACCCGGGUCGGUCGUCAAGGGUUGGAGUGGGGAGGCCGUGCAGAUCCUCAAAAAGCCCGACGAGCAGGCCCUCAAGACUGAACUACAGAAACUUUACGACGAAGGCUAUCGCUCCUUGGCGAUCGUGUUGAUGCACUCCUUCACCUAUCCUGGUGCGUUCAUCUCCCACAAAUCAUCCCUACCAGCUUCCCUGUUCCUAACCCAGGGACAGAGUGGCGCAACAGAUCACGAACGACAGAUCGAGUCCAUCGCCCAAUCGAUCGGCUUUGAACACAUCUCCCUCUCCUCCGCGUCCCUGCCCAUGAUUCGCAUCGUCGCCCGAGGAACGAGUUGCACCGUCGACGCCUACCUCACCCCCGUCCUCCUCAAAUACAUCGACGGCUUCUUCUCCGGCUUUGAACCUUCGCUCCGGGAAACGAACCAGGCCAACGCUUUGGAACCAACCUCAACCUCCCCGGAGGAACCACCACGAACGACGAGCGUCGAAUUCAUGCGUUCCGAUGGUGGUUUGACCGACGUACGAGGGUUUUCGGGUCUCAAAUCGAUCCUCUCGGGACCGGCGGGUGGGGUCGUCGGUUUCGCUUUGACGUCUUGGCAAGAAGGUGGCAAAGCCGUGAUCGGUCUUGAUAUGGGAGGGACGUCGACUGACGUGACCCGCUUUGAUGGUACUUACGAGACCGUAUUCGAAACGACCACCGCCGGAGUGACGAUUCAAUCCCCCCAACUCAACAUCAACACCGUCGCCGCGGGAGGAGGAUCGAGGUUGUUCUGGCGGAACGGACUUUUCGUCACCGGUCCUGAAUCGGCGGGUAGUGAUCCAGGACCAUCUUGCUAUAGGAAGGGUGGGGAACCGGCCAUUACGGAUGCGAAUCUCGUGCUGGGGAGGUUGUUGCCGAAUCAUUUUCCCAAGAUCUUUGGGGAGAAGGAAGAUCAGGGAUUGGACGUCGAGGCUUCGACCAAAGCGUUGGAGAAGUUGAGGGAGGAGAUCAACCAAGAGACGGGCAAGGACAUGUCGUUGGAUCAAGUCGCGUGGGGGUGAGUUGAUUGACUCUUUUGGCCGAGUCACCUUCAAAGUACCUAAACUGACUGAACGAGGAGUCGUUUCACAGCUUCAUCAAAGUCGCCAACGAGACCAUGUGUCGACCGAUCCGAUCCCUAACCGAAGCGAGAGGAUACGACACGUCCAAACACGUCCUCUCGUGCUUCGGAGGUGCAGGUGGACAACAUGCCUGCGCGAUCGCUUCGACCCUCGGCAUCUCGACGAUCCUAAUCCACCACUUCUCGUCCAUUCUUUCCGCUUACGGAAUGGCACUCGCCGAACGCGUCGUCGAACGUCAAGAACCCAGUUCAGAACAAUGGUUCACCAAAGGGGCGAGUGAACGACUCGAAGCACGCUUGAAGGAAUUGGGCCAACAAGCGCAUCGCGAACUCUCGAGCCAAGGCUUCUCGGACGAGAGGAUCGAAAUCCAUCCUUACCUCCACAUGCGUUACAACGGUACCGAUUCGGCUUUGAUGAUUCAUCGUCCUUCAGAGCACGACGACGAUUACGCGAAAGCUUUCGCACAGGCUUAUGAGCAGGAAUUUGGCUUCAGUAUGAAUGCAGAGAUCACGAUUGAUGAUGUUCGAGUAAGAGGGGUCGGUAAAUCGUUCGAUUCGUUGGGGCCUUCGGUUUGGGACGAGUUGGGAUCGAUGGACUUCAGGGAGAUUGGAGGGGAGACGGGACAGGGGGAGGAUCGUAGCAAUAGCAAGUGCGACGAGAUGGCUUCGGUCUACUUUGAAUCCCAAGGUAGGGUUGACGUACCCGUCUUCUUGUUGGAUCGAUUGGAGAAGGGGGAUUUGGUCAAAGGACCGGCGAUGAUCAUUGAUGGGACGCAGACCGUCGUCGUGGACCCAGGAGCUACGGCGAGGUUGACGAGCAAGCAUAUCGUCAUCGAGUUGGCCAAAAAGUAG